AUGCCGUUGCCGCCGCUGCGGCCGCCGCCGAGGCGGUCGCCACCGACGACGAUCGGGGAAGCGUACCCGGACGCGCGGGGCUUCGCGACGCUGAAGUGGAUAGUGAUACUGCUCCUCGUGUCGUGCAUGUUCGCCGGUGGCCUCUACGCCCUGACGCCCCUCGUAUCCAAGGACCCUCUCUACCUCGCCCGCGUCCCGUGGCGUCUGCCGGUGCGCGUCUUGUGUGACUCCUACCUGUCGCUGAUCAUGGUGAUCCGCGCGUACACGUUCAUGCACCUGCCGCGCGCGCCGCUGGUCGUCGACGACUAUCUUAUGCUCCUCGGUAAUCCGUCCAGUGCUGCCUCUGUCUCAGUAGAAGCUGGACCAAAACAAGCUGGUAUCAACUCAGAUGAUCCUGCAUGGGCUCACUGUUUCUGCCCAGACAUAACCAAGAAACAUCACCUACGGUGCAAGUAUUGUGACAAGGUCUGCACUGCUGGAAUUACAAGAAUUAAGUACCAUCUUGCUGGAAUUAAAGGUUUCAAUACUACUAAGUGUCAGAAAGUUCCAAGUCCAGUGCAUCAAGAGAUGUUUGAUUUGCUUACCAAGAAGACUAGUGAAAAGGAACAGAAAAACAAAGAAAAGGAAGUGGCCAGAGCUCAAGUUGACAUAGAAAAUUCAGAUUGUGAAAGUGGCAGUGAAGGUUCAGAUCAUGGCAAUAAUGUUCUUGUGGUGAAGCCAAAGGAGACAACAGGAUCUAGUAGCUCUAGAUCUGUAGCAGGUGGUCAUACUAUUGACAAGUACUACAAGCCUCCUUCUAUAGAAGAAUCUGCCAGUAUGACACAAAGAGUAAUUAAGCUAAGCAAUAAGGUUCAAACAGCAUUGACAACUCAGAAAAGAGAAGAGAGGAGGAAUAGAACUUGUGAGUACAUAUGUCAGUGGUUCUAUGAAGCUAGUAUUCCACACAACACAGUAACCCUUCCUAGCUUUGCUCAUAUGUUAGAGGCCAUUGGACAAUUUGGUAGAAGUCUGAAAGGGCCUAGUCCCUAUGAGAUGAGUGGAUCGUUCUUACAGAAAAGGAAGGAAAAGGUGAUGGAUGGAUUCAAGGAGCACAAGGAAUCAUGGGAGCUCACAGGUUGUUCUAUCAUGACAGAUGCAUGGACAGAUAGGAAGGGUAGGGGAGUGAUGAAUUUAGUUGUGCAUAGUGCUCAUGGGGUACUCUUCUUAGAUUCAGUGGAAUGCUCAGGUGACAGGAAAGAUGGCAAAUAUAUCUUUAAACUUGUGGACAGGUACAUAGAAGAGAUAGGGGAACAACAUGUUGUCCAAGUGGUGACUGAUAAUGCUAGCGUCAACACAAUUGCAGCAAGUCUAUUGACAGCAAAAAGACCAUCAAUAUUUUGGAAUGGAUGUGCUGCUCAUUGCUUGGAUCUCAUGCUCGAGGAUAUUGGGAAGCUUGGACCAGUUGAGGAAACCAUUGCUAAUGCAAGACAAGUGACUGUUUUCUUGUAUGCUCAUACUAGGGUGUUGGAUUUGAUGAGAAAGUUUCUUAACAGAGACUUGGUUCGCUCUGGGGUUACACGAUUUGCCACAGCUUAUUUGAAUCUAAAAAGCUUGUUAGACAACAAAAAAGAGUUAGUAAGACUAUUUAAAUCAGAUGAGAUGGAGCAAUUGGGUUACUUGAAGCAGACCAAGGGGAAGAAAGCCAGCAAAGUGAUCAGAUCUGAAACCUUUUGGAAAAAUGUUGACAUUGCAGUUAAUUACUUUGAGCCAUUGGCUAACGUGUUGAGAAGAAUGGACAGCGAUGUACCAUCAAUGGGAUUCUUCCAUGGUUUAAUGCUUGAGGCGAAGAAAGAAAUUUCUCAGAGAUUCGAUAAUGAUAAGAGCCGCUUCAUAGAAGUUUGGGAUAUCAUUGAUAAAAGAUGGGACAACAAGCUCAAGACUCCACUACACCUGGCUGGGUACUAUUUGAACCCCUACUACUACUACUACCCAAAUAAGCAAGAGAUCGAGAGUGAUGGAUCAUUUAGAGCAGGUGUGAUUUCCUGUAUUGACAAGUUGGUUGAUGAUGAAGAUAUCCAAGACAAAAUAAUUGAAGAACUCAACUUGUAUCAAGAUCAGCAUGGGAGUUUUGGACACGAAAUUGCCGUAAGGCAGCGAAAGAACAAAAAUUUCAAUCCAGCAAAAUGGUGGCUGAACCAUGGCACAAGCACACUAAAUCUUAGGAAGUUGGCUGCAAGGAUUUUGAGUUUGACCUGCAGCUCCUCAGCUUGUGAGAGGAACUGGUCAGUUUUUGAACAGGUUCAUACAAAGAAGCGCAACAGGCUACUUCAUGAAAGGAUGCGAGAUCUGGUGUUUAUUAAAUUUAACUCCAAGUUAAGAAAUAAGAGAGAGAACAAGGGUAGAGAUCCUAUAGAGAAGGAAGUGGAUGAUGUUGUGGCAGAUGGUGACAAUGAAUUCAUUACUGGGGUUGUGCCUUCAUCAAGUGAAAUGGAUCAACAAUGUGCAAAAGAGUCACAGCAGCACACAACACCACAAGCACCAGCACCAGCUAAAAGGAAAAGGCCUGUGCACGCUAAGAAGAGGAAAGUCAGAAGCCUACAGUCUUUGAUGCGCAAUGCCCCAGUGCAUCCUGAAGCUCCAUCAUCCGACUCAGAAGAUUGUGAUGAUGGUAUUCCAAUGCAGACUUCUGAUUCUGAUAAGUCACCCUCUCCCUCUCCCUAUGUCUCUGAGACCGAUGAUUGAUGACUAGAAGAAAUGAAGAUUGCAAUAUUGCCUCAUAUUAGUAAUUUAGUAUCCACUAUCCAGAAUUCUUGAUGACCUUUGUGUUGUACUGUUGUCUUUAUUCCAGAAUGUUGUACUUUUGUGAAACUGAUGUUUUAGUAUUCUAUUAACCACUUAGCCUGUGAUGUAAUGUACUCCUGUGAACCUGUAAUGUACUCAUUUGAACUGGUUAUGUAUCAAUUGGUAAUGGUUAUGAAGUUAUGCCAAGAUCAUGUCUUUUAUUUAUUUAUUUAUUUGCAAAAACAGCUAAAUGGCUUAGCUGCAGCUAUCUCCAGCUAUAGCUGUGCUUAGCUGUUGAGAAGGUCAGCAGCUAAGAGGCUUAGCCG